GGCGGGGCCUCUCGGAGCCAAGCCCCGCCCCCGCCCCUAUAAAUACAGCUUCCCGGGCUCUUUGUGGGGCCAGGAGCUCGGUGGAGAGCAGGGAGCUCCGGCUGUUUUGCCGACGCCGCUGGCCGCGGGGCUGUCCCGGGAAGGCGGACGGCGAGCGCCCGUGUGCGCCCGUGUCAUCCUCGCUCGGGACGCAGGGACCGUUUUUAAAUCACAAGGGCGUGGGGCAGCCUCUCUAGGACUUCAUGUCUGUAUAUUUCCCCAUUCACUGCCCCGACUAUCUGAGAUCAGCCGAGAUGACUGAGGUGAUGAUGAGCACCCCAUCCAUGGAGGAGAUUGGCCUCAACCCCCGAAAGGAUGGCCUUUCCUAUCAGAUCUUCCCCGACCCGUCAGACUUUGACCGCUGCUGCAAACUGAAGGACCGCCUGCCCUCCAUAGUGGUGGAGCCCACGGAGGGCGAGGUGGAGAGUGGGGAGCUCCGGUGGCCCCCCGAGGAGUUCUUGGUCCAGGAGGAUGAGCAAGACAACUGCGAAGAGACAGCGAAAGAAAACAAGGAGCAGUAGAGUCCCUGCGGACAGGCCCCUGUGGGGUCACACCAGCCAGCAUCUGUUCCUGAACUGUGUUUUUCCCAUCAUGGUGGAAGAAGAGAGUGAGCCACAGUAGUUCUGAAAAUGUCAAACGAGGCUUCCGUUUUGCACCUGCAAAUCACCGAGUUGGUUUUCUUUUCUUUGCUUGUCUUUUCUUGAAAUCUGCCGAGCAGUGGAGCCCUCUGACGACUUGCAAGGCCUUCCGAGAAAGGGAGCUGCUUGGGGCUGGGGGUGGGGACGGGGGAGAGGGUGCUGUUUUUGAGAUCAUUAUCUGAACUCCAGCGGGCAGAGGCAGUGGCGGGAUUCCAGUGGGCCCUGGGGCAGGGGGUAUGGGGGAGGUACAAAACCAGCAAGGAACAUUUGGGGUAAGAAAACAAACUCGAGGCAAAAGAGAAAAUACACAGUUUUAAGAAAACAUUGAGCAGAGAGCUGCAGCCAGGAAGUGCUCAGCAACCACCCGCUCUGGCCAUGGGAAAACCAUCUUCAUCUCUCUCCAGUCUCACCCACCCACCCUUUGCUCCUAUUUCAGGUGUGUUGGUCUGUGUUGGGGAGGAGGAUGAAGGACAGCCAAGCGACUGGCUGCUCGCACAGCCAGCUGGAGGGAUGUGCAGGAAAGAAAGGCCACCGCCCCUCCCCAGGGCCUCUCUGCCCCCCGCUGUGGUGGGCUCAGCAGCCCCCAGAUCAGGAGGUUUGUAAGAGGCAGUGCUUUUGAGCUUUUCUCCCUGACGUGUCCUUUUUGCCUCCUGCACGCUGGGGAUUAGCAGAGCACUUCCUGCCCUUGUUGGAGGCCCCAAGGCAGACACCUGCAUGUGGAGGUCCCUCCCUCCAUCGCGCCUGCCCAGGCCUUGCUCUGAGAGUCAGAGGGAGGCUGGGAGCAGGCGGGCUCGCCUCCCUUCCCCGUGCCCCCAGCUUCCCAGCCCGCAGCCAGGCAGAUGGAUCCCACCGUAAGUCCCGCCAGCCUGGCCAGCUGUGCUCCCGCCCGUUCUUGCUCUGUGUUUCUUAUGAAAGCUGAGACGCCCUUUUCUGUUUCUAGUUGGGGAGGUGAGCUUUCACCCAGGUCCCAAGAGCUGCUCGGCCUGAGUGUGACUUCGUGGGGGCGGCAAAGCUCGUGUAGCAGCCCUGGGAUCAAGUUUGAGACUGAAGGGUGUCACGAGCCCCCCCUCCCCCCGCUGCCCCCAUGUUGUUCCUGGCCACUGGUGUUCUAAGGAAGGUGUGGCGAGGGGAUCCUGCUGUCCCCACUGAACGGUGGUCCUCCCCCUCCCACCUGCUGGACACGAACGUUGGCCUUUGGACUGAGAGCUUCUUACUGUAGUUAACAACCUUCUGGAGCGGCAGGUUGCAGGAAAAACUCUAAAGUCCAUCUCAAAGCGGGACUGUGUGGCCAGGAGGUGGAUUUAGAGCCGUGAGCCAGCCAGGGCACCCACUGCGACCCCUCAGGUCCCCAGUUGGUCCGGUUGACCCCAGUUUGGACUUGUGUGUAUAGCUGUAUCUAAUACCUCAAGGGCAGUGUGGCUCUGGGGCGGAUUGGGGCGGGGGUCAAGGGGCGCUGUUCAUACAGCGUCAGCAGUCAGUAGGAGUCAGUUCUGGGAACGACUGUCGCCCUCACCCCUGCUUCCUCCCUCUGUUGUCUGCCUGUGUGACACACACCGAUGAUGGCAAUAACUUCUUCCAGCUCCUCGCAGGAGUGGGAGAGGCCUGCAGCCUGCGCCGCGGGGAGGUUCUCUCGGCUCCCGCUCCCUUCUGUCCUGUCUGCGGAGAGUGGUUGGUCCUUACUCUCAUCCCCUCGGCCCCCUUCGUGGACGAGGGGGCUUGCCUUUCAAAUUCCCGUGUUUCGGUGUCUCCCCUCAUCUGCUUCCCUGGAUCAUCUGUCCCGGUCUUGCCGUGUGAUGGGAACGUGCUUGUAAACCGCGUAACAAAUCUACUUUGUGUAUAUGUAUGUUUAUGGGGUGGUUUGUUUUUGCCAGUCACUAGACCCCUCUGUACGACCGUGUGCAGUCUGAGCAGGCCCGGGGCUGACGCGCAAGUCAGGAACCCCUGAGGCUGAGCUUGCUGGGGGCACCCAGCUGCUCUGGGAUAAGUGGCUGAGCUCCUAUCUGGCCUCCUCUUUUUUUUUUUAAGUAAUUUGUGUGUAUUUCUAACUGAUCGUAUUGAAAAAAAAAUCCUAGUAUUUCAGUAAAAACGCCUGUUGUGAAAUGAACCUCCUGUAACUUCUAUCUGUUCUUUUUUGAGGCUCAGGGAGAAACUAGCAUUUUUUUUUUCCAAACUACUUUUUGUCACUGUGACAGUUGUAAAUAAAGUUUGAAAAUGCUUUCCA